AUGCAAAUCGGAUUUGCGCGCGCCUUCUGCGACAUCCACUGUGUGCGGGAUGCCGUGAUUCGGGGCGAUCGGUCCAUCAUCCGUAACCUUGAGAUGGCAACGAAGAAGACCAACAACAACUUGAAGGCUCUGGUCAAGUGGUCAGUCGAUGCUUCUCACACGGACAUCGGGUGGAUUGGCGAGAAGCUGGACUACAUGCACAUCAUCAACACUGCCUACAUGCAGGAAAUCCACGACAUGGUGACCAAGCAGUCCCAAGCCGCGGAGGGGGAGCUCUUGCAAAACACCGAGAGAGCCACUGAUUCAAUGUUUACUGAGCUCGCCGGCUACGCUCAGGCUGCAUCCUUCGAUGAGCUCUCGAAGAUCACGGCCAAGGGAGCGUUGCAAGACUUCCUGACAUCUGCGGACUUCUCCCCGAAAGCCAAUGCCACGGCUGCCGCUUCGCUGCUUGGGCGCUUGGAUGUUUUACACCAAACGCUGCAGCGUGCCGGUCGUGGCCGGGACAAGAGUGACAUGCUGAGCCGCCAGGUUGCGCAGACUGUUCGUCAUCUCCAGCGCCAGGCAAGCUUCCAUCUCCGCACAUUGGGCGUCUACCGCCGGGAAAGCAACGCCUCGAGCCACGCCGCACGCAGCAAGGCCUCCAAGGCCUUGGCCCGGGAGCGGCACCAGGUCCUGAUGUCUUUGGACCAUAUCUGGUGGCAGCUGCGUACGAAGGUGGACUCGUAUCUGGAUGUGGCGGAGGAUGAAGUAAAAGCAUUCCAGGGCUCGCUCGUGGAGCUGAAGAACUACAUGGAGCUCCGGAUGCACUUGGGAA